AUGGCUGUCAAAGGUGAGGUCGACGUGUCAGUCGACAACAAGACCGGCCAGCAGCAACUUCCUGGAGAGGAACCCCCAAAACAGGCAGUCCAAGUUGAGAGGGAAGCAGUAUGGGGUGACUAUUUUCGCGUGUUCACAUAUGCGAAGAGGUGGGACUUCGUCCUGAUGGUCGGUGCUGCACUUGCUUCAUUAGCAGGUGGUGUCACCACGCCUCUCAUGAAUGUGAUAUUCGGCCGUCUGGUUGGGAAUUUCACCUCUUUUGGCACCCCUGGAUCAAGCACCACUCAGGCCCAAUUCGAGCGGCAACUCAACUUCCAAUGUCUCCUGAUGUUCAUCCUGUUCCUCGCGCGCUUCACCUUCAAUUACGUCUCGAAGUUCUGUUUCCGCCUUAUCGGAAUCCGAAUCUCUGCGGCCAUCCGUCUCCACUACCUUUCUUGUCUGCUUUCUCAGACUGUCCAUGUCCUCGAUUCCAUGCCACCGGGCGCAGCAGCCGGAACAAUAACCAGCACAGCCAAUGUCCUGCAGAUCGGUAUAUCGGAGAAGUUGGGGACGUUCCUUGAAUUCGCUUCUUGCAUUGUUGCUUCGAUUAUUGUUGCCUUCACGUUCUCAUGGCAGGUCACGCUUGUGACGUCCAGCGUGGUCCUCUUCAUCGGCUUGGCCGUUGGUAUCCUGGUGCCGUUCAUCAUCAAGGGGACCAGCCGUUCGACUGAAGCCGAGACAAAAGCCGGAGCGGUCGCGACUGAGGCUUUCUCGGGCAUAAGAAUGGUGUAUGCCUGCGGGGCCCAGAAAAGAAUGGGAGACAAGUACAGCUCGUGGGUUGUCGAGGCGAAGAAGCAUGGCAUGUAUACGUCACCUUUCGUGGGCCUGAACUUCGCGUUAGUGUUCUUCGGGCUGUAUAGCGCGUUCGCUCUGUGCUUUUGGUACGGGACUAAGGCUGUCGCGCAAGGGAUCGUGGACGGUAUAGGCUCCAUCGUGGUGGUUCUGUUCUCUGUCUUCCUUAUGGCAAUCUCGCUCGAGAGAAUGUCAGGUCCUCUGAUUGCAGCGAGCAAGGCUACUGUAGCGGCCGCAACAUUUUUCGCCGUCAUCGAUGCACCGCAGCCGAAGAAGGGCACUUUGAAGGAACCAGAAGUAAACGCUGAUGGAGAUAUCGUCUUCGAGGGAGUCACCUUUGCCUAUCCCGGUAGGCCGAACACCAAAGUCCUGGAUGACCUCAACCUCACUAUUGAGGCUGGCAAGGUCACGGCGAUCGUUGGUCCUUCAGGAAGCGGGAAGAGCACGGUCGUUGCUUUGGUUGAACGUUGGUACACUUUGUACUCACAGGCAGUCAUCAGCAAAGCCAUCGAAAAAAAGGUUGACAAGAAAGGAAAGAAAGAUCAAGAAAAGCAGCCGGGCGAAAAGAAACCUUUCUGGGCUCGGGGAAAAGCGAAAGGCAAUCAAGCCGAAGCUGUCGAUCAACAAAAGGACUCAUCCGCAGCCGCAGGCGCAACGCCUACCCCAGACGAACAGGAUAAUGCCGAACCAGUACAGCUGAGUGGGAGCGUUGUUACCGCAGGACAUAGUCUGGACGAGAUGGACAUCAAAUGGUGGCGAUCACAGAUUGGUCUCGUCCAGCAGGAGCCCUUCCUCUUCAACGACAGCAUCUACGCAAACGUGAUGCAUGGGCUAGUCGGGACAAAGUGGGAGGACGAACCAUUAGAAACCAAGCAGGAACUUGUUCGAGACGCAUGCAAAGAGGCUUUCGCAGACGAGUUCAUCGAUCGACUGCCCGACGGCUAUGAGACCCAAGUGGGUGACUCCGGGCUGAAGCUCUCCGGUGGCCAACGACAACGGAUUGCGAUCGCACGUAGCAUCGUGAAGAAACCAAAGAUCCUUAUCCUGGACGAGGCAACGUCGGCAAUCGAUGUCCGCAGUGAGAAGAUCAUCCAGGCCGCCCUCGACCGGGUAUCCAAGGGUCGCACUACGAUCACGAUCGCCCACAGGCUCUCGACGAUCGCGAAGGCCGACAAAAUCGUGGUGCUACAGAAGGGAAAGCUCAUGGAGCAGGGGACGCACGAGAGCCUGCUCAGCAACGACGCGGGUGUUUAUUCCGGGCUUGUCAGAGCACAGAGACUAACCCUGGGCAGGGAAGAGGAGGCAGAAGACAGCGAUGCCCUGGAGGAGAAAGAGGAAGAGGAUAUCCAAGCCAUUCUGAGCCGGGAGAAAUCCGCCUCGAAGGCUAUCACUAGCGGAGGAGAGGCAGAGGUCGAGUCAGAGUGGGUGAACCGUGGUCUCAUCGGCAGCUUUGGUCGGCUCCUCUACGAGCAGCGCAGCCGUUUCCCGUUCUAUGCACUCAUACUCAUAGCAGCGUCCGGUAUUGCUGCUGCUACUCCUAUUCAGGCUUGGCUUUUCGGUCAAGUGCUGCAAGUUUUUACGUACAUCUUUUCACCAUCCCGCUUCAUCAGGGAGUCCGAAUUCUGGUCACUUAUGUGGUUUAUUGUGGCUCUGGGACUGGGCUUCUGCUAUCUCGUGCUAGGUGUUGUCGCCGUGAAUCUUCAGCACUUUAUCUGUGCGGCAUACCGUCAACAGUACUUCACGGCGCUCAUCCGGCAGAAGAUGGUUUUCUUCGACAAUGAAAACAACUCGAUAGGCACCCUUGCCUCGAGGGUUCAAGGUGAUCCAAAACAACUCGAGGAAUUGCUUGGCAUGAAUAUGGGGAUGGUGGUGUGUUCUGUUCUGCAGCUCUGUGGCUCUUUAACCAUCUCGUUUGUCUUUGGGUGGAAACUUGCCCUGGUGGCAACGUGCGUCACUGUUCCAAUCGGACUGGGCUGCGCGUGGUACCGAUUUAAAUAUGAGAUGGAGUUCGAGAAGAUGUCGGCUGCCGUUUUUGCUGAAUCAAGCAAGUGGGCUGCCGAGGCCAUUGGCGCCUUUCGAUGCGUUUCUUCCCUUACGUUGGAGGACGUCAUCAUUGAAAGAUACCAAACGCUCCUCGAUACCCACGUUAUGUCGGCCUACCGCAAAGCUCGCUGGACGACGCUUAUCUUUGCCCUUUCCGACUCACUCUCUAUCGCCUGCCAGGCUCUGAUCUUCUGGUAUGGCGGACGACUUCUGGCCACCGGAGAGUACCAGAUUCUUAAUUUCUUCGUUUGUUUUAUGGCCGUGACGCAAGGCGCUGAACAGGCCGGCGUGGGGUUCUCCUUUGGCCCCAAUGCUGCUCAGGCAAGCGCGGCAGCAAACCGGAUAUUAAGUAUCAGGGAGAGUCGAGGGGAGAAGGCAAGCUUGACAGAUGAGACGGAAGGCGGUAAUCGGGAGAUCGAAAAAAUCCCCGACAGUGAAAGUGGCAUCAAGAUCGAAUUGAAGGACGUCGGCUUCAGGUAUCCAACCCGCCAGGCCCAAGUCUUCAAGCACCUCAACAUCACAGUCGAGAAGGGGCAAUUCGCGGCCCUUGUGGGCGCCUCAGGGGCCGGCAAGUCAAGCACCGUGGCCCUGCUCGAACGCUUUUACGAUGCCCAACAGGGAAGCAUCAGGUGCAAUGGGAGGGACAUCACAACAGUGGAUGUGCAUGAGUACCGCAAGUUGUUUUCGUUGGUUGCCCAAGAAGCAUCACUGUUCCAAGGGACCAUCAAAGAAAAUAUUCUCCUCGGAGUACCCGAUGCUUCGGCGGUCACUGACGCCCAGCUUCACCAAGCAUGUCAAGACGCUGCGAUCCACGACUUCAUCAUCUCACUACCUGAGGGCUAUGUUGGUUCUCGCGGUGUGGCACUGUCUGGUGGACAAAAACAACGCGUUAGCAUCGCAAGAGCUAUCAUCCGAGACCCAAAGGUGUUGCUACUUGACGAGGCGACAUCAUCGUUGGACUCGGAGAGCGAGAAGCAGAUAUCUGCAGCACUCCAGAGGGUAGCCAAAGGAAGAACAACAGUCGCAGUGGCUCAUCGACUGUCGACUAUCCAGCACGCAGAUGUAAUCUACGUACUCGGGGAAGGAAAGGUAUUAGAGGUCGGCAACCAUGCUGAUUUGUUGAAACAGAAGGGAGUGUACUAUACGAUGUGCCAAAGCCAAGCUCUCGACCGAUGA